AAAAAAACGGGCUAAAAAGGAAACCAAUGUUUUAUUAUUUUAUAUAGAAAGGAAGCAUACUUCUUUUCCCCCCUUCUGCAAUUUGUAAAAUGAUUUAUUAUGUCUUAACGUUUACGUUCGUAUCUAAAAAAAAAUAUAUCAUAAUUUUAUCUUAUUGAACGACAACGUAGACCUUAUUUGUUACAUUCGCUACAUUUACGUUGACGCCAUCUAUCUAUGCUACAUGGAAUUGUUAUGAACGCGAUGUCUGGGAAAUGUAGUUCUAUUAAACUGCCGCUCUGCGAAUGUUAUCGCUGUAAAAACUACAACUCCCAUUGUUUUGUCCUCCUAAUCGGAUCGAGACCGUUCCGUUAAAGCUACCAUGUAAUGUUUACUUCUUUGGAACAACGGCGUGUCCUCCUCGGUUAACAGUGUUGGAGAUUGCAGAUGCGGUAUCUAAUGUCGUGUAAAUCACAUUUUCCCUGCGAUACAUUCGUUAAAAACACGGAAUCCUAUUUGCAUCGGCAGUAUUAGUGGUUGAUCCUGCUGUCCGUGUUCAUGAUGGCGAUGUUCCGCAGUUUUGUGUCGGCUGCUCAGCUCAGGCAGCAUCAGCAGCAAAAUGGAGCCGCAGCAGCCGCACCUGGGGAAAGCCUGGAAAGCCAGUUCUCCUGUCCCAUCUGUCUGGAGGUCUACCACAAGCCUGUCAGCAUCGCAAGCUGCGCCCAUACGUUCUGUGGGGACUGUCUACAGCCGUGUCUGCAGGUGACCUCGCCUCUCUGUCCACUCUGCCGCAUGCCUUUCGAUCCAAAGAAAGUGGACAAAUCCUCCAGCGUGGAGAAACAGCUCUCUUCGUAUAAGGCACCAUGCCGAGGGUGCAGCAAAAAGGUCACCCUGGUCAAAAUGCGGUCGCAUAUUUCAUCUUGCACAAAGGUUCAGGAACAGAUGGCCAACUGCCCAAAGUUCAUGCCAGUGGUUCCCACCUCACAGCCCAUUCCCAGCAAUAUUCCAAACCGCUCCACAUUUGUGUGCCCGUACUGUGGCGCUCGAAACCUGGACCAACAGGAACUAGUGAAGCACUGCAUGGAGAACCAUCGCAAUGACCCCAACAAAGUGGUAUGUCCGGUAUGUUCAGCUAUGCCUUGGGGCGACCCCAGCUAUAAGAGCUCCAACUUCCUGCAGCAUCUUCUCCACCGGCACAAAUUCUCCUAUGACACAUUUGUGGACUACAGUAUUGAUGAGGAGGCAGCACUGCAGGCAGCACUGACCCUCUCACUGUCUGAGAACUGAGAGUCUGACAUCAUAUCCUGUUCCCCAAACGCCGCCAUGUGAAGGAUCUUCUCGCUAAAUGUUUUCAUUGUUUCUCUGUAUUUCCUCUCACUCUACCUCUCUUCUGGUCUAUAUUUCUGAGCUACACUCCAGCUAGAUCCUGAAGUAGCUCAAUAGCUUGUUUGCCAGUUGCAUUAUCGUAACCAUCAAAUCAUCAACCAACGAAACAGUGAUGUAUGCAAAAAGUCAGACAAAGGAAUAGAUAAAUAUCACCACGCUUGUUCUUGCUGUUCUUCCUGUUGUUUUCUAUCCAAAUGUGACCCCAGCAGUGAAGUGAAACUGAGUACAGAGGGAUCGGCGCUCGAUACGGUGCGCCACGUUAGCUGAAUUAUUAAAACGAAGCUGAAAAGCGAACUAUGUUGGGGUUGGCUGUCCUCGUGAUGAACUCUCAUCUUUAGGCAAUACCAGUACAGAAUAGAGAGAAUGAGAGAUCGAUCUCCAGCAUCCUCAUUAUCGCUCAUGUCACUGUUUAUGGAAUGCUGUAUACCAUCCGCCCUUUUUUAAAUCAAGAGUUGAUGUGAAUACUUGCACUCGUCACAGUUUUCUACAUGUCUGAAUUCUAGUAUCGUUGUUCUUUUAUAGUUCAAUAACAGAAUAUUGACCGACAGGACUGCAUACUCUGCUCUUAACUUGCAACAGUAAUAUUUUCUAAGAAGCGUCGGAUAAGAUUAAAAUUUAUAUUUUUGGAAAAAAGCUUCAGUUUUAAAUGGUGCACUAAUAAUAAGACGGCAAGCUUCUAGACAUGUGCUGAAACGUUUUAUCUGUUAAUGUAUCCAUUGGUCACUCACUAGUGCUGACAUCAGGAUUUUUAUUUACGAGUUUGGGAAUCGUACUUACGAUGUGACGUCAUUUCAAGUGGUUUGGUUGGAAUUAAAGGGAUGCGUUUGGCAAAUUUCAUUCUCUCUUUAUCGCUUCCCAAAAAUACAUAGGAAGCUCUUUUUGCAUAUAUCUUAAUCAUUCUUGUGCUGCCACAUAGAAGUAUGGGAAAUGUAAUUUUGUAACACAUAAUGGUCAACAAGUGGACAAGGAUUUGUUAAUUAGCAUGAUACCCUUGCUGGUAGAUGCUGUAAUUACACCCUCUGCUUUUUAAAAACAACUUUUGUCCAUUAACGGCCAUUCAAAAUUGAUAUUCACAGUUUACUUCCACUAUGAUUCUGGAAUUGACACCCCUUCAUGUUCACUUCCUUCCACUGUAGAAAAAUGAAGCCAAAAUAUCCCAGAAAUGGUCAUUCCCGAUUACGUCAUUCGGAGCCAGAGUCUGCGCAGUAGUGAUCGUGAGGCUGAGCUGCGGUAUCAAGGUCCCGCCCACACUCCCGCUCCCGCAGAUUUAUUCGCAAACACAGCUGUCAAUCGUGACGCCACACCCCGUUUUUAUAGCAUCAAAUAACUUACUAAAACCAAACUUAAUGGAAAAAACGAACACUUGAACAUACGUCAGCGUGAUGAGAAUUAUCUAAAAUGACCGAAAUCAUCUUCGGAGAAAAGUGUAUUUUUAGUUUGACUCACAUCCCAGUCGGUUACAUGGAGAGGGCGGGGUUUAUGACCUAUAUCGCAGCCAGCCACCAGGGGGCGAUCAAUGUUUUGGAUGGAAGGUGUGCAAUUGUGCGCCACAAAGUCAUUCAGAGCGCAGUCAUUUACUACUACCGGUAGGGGGUUUCUGUACUUUGUACAUGUUGAAUCCAAGCCUGUGAGUGUUGUAAAGGAGCACUGAUGUUUAGAGGAGCAUUGGUGUGAUACAUUUAGGCAUUUGUUAUAGGAAUCUAAUGUCCCCACUUUGCAGGCAUACCUAAGAAUUCCGUUUGUAUCCCAUUCUUCUCAGCCACGGAGUGUAAUAUAUGCCUGGACAGAAACAUGCUCUACACAAGUACACUAAUGUGAAUGUUUGGCCAAAGCAUUGCACAAAGUCCUUUUGUAUGUGCUUAACGUGAUGCUUGCUUUUAAUUUCUUCAAAGCAUUAAAAUAUCUAAAACCAAUGUUUUCUUAAGCCAGGCUUAAACUACAGGAGCUUGCGCAGUUAGAAUCAUUUGCAUUCAUGUACUUGCAUAGAGUAUGUUAUAGGUCUACAAGGAUGUGCUUCAAGCUUCUGAGUGUGUGUGUGCUUAGUUUGGUGGAUUUGUUUGAUGCUGGUGCAUCAUUUCCCAUUUCAUAAAGCUUUGAUAAUUCUACCAGAUACAGUGUUUUUGAUAUAUUUAGAGCCAGUCAUGGCGGAAGAGUUGAAGACCAUUAGGGCUGGUUGGAAACAUUUGUUUUUGAAGUUAGCAACUUUUUUAAGAAUAAGAUGAUGUGCUUUAACUUGUGAUUCAUUUCUGUGUUGAUAAACGGUGUGUUUGUUUAAUCUGUCGCAAUAGAGCCAUUGUGAUUAUCUCCAUUUUGUGAAUUAUUAUUUUAGCAAGGUUAAGCGUGUCACAAUCAUUGUCUAAUCUGAAGCUCUAUGACCAGGAAUUAAAUCGGCAGUGUUGGGGUUAAUGCAUUACACGUAACGCGAGUUACGUAAUCAGAUUACUUUUCCAAGUAAUGAGUAAAGUAAUGCAUUACUUUUUUCAAUUUACAGCAAAAUGUUGGAAGUAACGCAUUACAAGUAGAGUAAAGUAAUGCAUUACUUUUCAAUUUACCGCAAAAUGUUAGGGGUAACGUAUUACAAGUAACGCGAGUUACAUAAUCAGAUUACUUUUCCAAGUAACAAGUAAAGUAAUGCAUUACUUUUCAAUUUACCGCAAAAUGUUAGGGGUAACGUAUUACAAGUAAUGCGAGUUACGUAAUCAGAUUACUUUUCCAAGUAACAAGUAAAGUAAUGCAUUACUUUUCAAUUUACAGCAAAAUGUUAGGGGUAACGUAUUACAAGUAAUGCGAGUUACGUAAUCAGAUUACUUUUCCAAGUAACAAGUAAAGUAAUGCAUUACUUUUCAAUUUACAGUAAACUUUUGGAAGUAACGUAUUACAAGUAACGCAUGUUACGUAAUCAGGUUACUUUUCCAAGUAAUGAGUAAAGUAAUGCGUUACUUUUUCAAACAAGUAAUGCACGUUACUCUGUUUUCCCAUUUUUGGUAUUCAGUAUUCCUCAAAAUGAAUAAAAACAGUGAAAUGCAAACCUGCAAUAAUUAAAUGUUAAAUUACACAAUAUACUUUAUGUAUUUAAUCUCACUUUAUUAACCAAUGUCCUCGCUGCUGACACUCGAUGAUCCAAUUCAACCAUACUAAUUAGCAAAAAUUACUUUAGAUAAAUAACAUUUGUGAGAAAAAGUGACACAAAAGUAACAAUGCAUUACUUUCCGUAAAAUGUAACUAAGUUACACAGUUAGUUACUUUUUAGGGAGUAACACAAUAUUGUAACGCAUUACUUUUAAAAGUAACUUUCCCCAACACUGAAAAUCGGUUUGAUUUCUGUAAUAGUCUGCAGCAUGAAAGUGACUCCACAUGACUUGGAAAAAAGAAACAUUUAUGAACUCGUGUCAUGUGAACAGUCGUUCGCUUCCACAAAUGUCCUGCUGUCGGUUUCUAAUCAUUUAGAAAGUUUAAUGUGUAAUCACUUAGAGUGAUCAUUCCUGUAUGGUUUUCUUAAAAGCCAUCGUAGAGUUUGUAUUGAUUUGUUUAAGAAUAACGCCGUGUCCUAAUGGCAUGACAAACUGUAUCUCUUCCGAGUUUUUGUCCUAACAGCUUUGAGUACAAUAUCACAGUUGUCACUUCGUUAUUACAUUAAUUUCAUUAUAGAGCGUGAAUUAUCGUCAAAUGCGUUCCGAUUUGCAUUUUUACGCUUUCAGUAUAGACUGAGAAAUUUCUCGCUGGAAACUUGUCACGUCACAUUAGGACACAGUGUUAAAUGUCAUUUGUCUUUUGAUGUACAUUUGUACUGAAUAUGGGGCCAUUUAUAAUUGUGUAAGGCCUCCUUCUGGGUAAUGUUGGAAUGUCCUUGUUGGUAUUUAUUAAGAGGCCCGUUAAGAGGCUUAUACAUUCAUAGUAUAAGUGACGACUUUAUUCUUCUUUUGUUUUUUGGUUAGAUUGUACAUAAAAUGGCUGCCACGUUUUUUGGUGGCAUACGUUGAAAUUUGGAUUAAGGUGCGAUCGCCUUUUCUGCUAGAAAGCAUGUUAAAAAACAUUGCACUUUAAUUAACUCAAAUGUCUUUUGAUGAUCAAGUAGGAAUUUUGUUCCAUUUAUUUAGUAACUACUAACUGCCAAAUGUAUUUUACAAGAGGCAGAUGAAUUUGUCAUGUCAUUGUUGUGUGAAAAAAGUGGGUCGAGUUCAACAAAACAUUUUCAGAAAUGCUGUCACUUUUCAGUAAUUGGUAAUAUUUUAUUGUUAUUAUAUUUAAAAAAAAAAAAUCCUCACUUGACAGUAAAAACUGCAAGCAGUAAAAAUUUGUCAGUAGAAGAAUUGCCUACUGAAAAUGUGUUCAUUGUAAUUGAUGGCAACGUGUUUUUGAUUGGCUUUUACAUGGUGUCGGUAUUUAACAGUCUUGCUCUGAAAGAACGAUAUUGAGGAGUAGAAAGUAGAAAAAGAUAACUAAGUUUCUCAGUAUCCCAAUGUUUUUACUGUUUUUUUUUUUUGUUUGUUUUUUUUUAAGUGUCUAAAUAUAUUGCUCAAACAAUAUUCAUGUGCACAGCUGUAGCAUAGUAUGUAAGUUUUUUUUAAAGUGAAACUUUUGAUAUUGUACAACACAGCUCUCCAGUUCUGAUACCUUUGAGAAUGACCUUAAAAUGUAUAUUUUUCACUCUUUUUGUAUUGUAACAUCAAUGCAUACUGUCACAGAUAAACAUACAGGACUUCUGCAUUUCUUGUGUUGGUUGACGGAUCUCCAGCAGAACAACGUAAACAAUGGAUGGCUUGUGGUCUGUCUAUAUAAAGGAGAAAUGAAACGCUCUUAAAGACUGACCAAGGACUCAACGGAGACUUUUUGGAAUAUGUUGAAACGCCAGAUGCUUGAGAAGGAAACGUGCCAGACUCUCGGACAUGUUAUGGAUUCAGCAUUUGACCAGGAAACUUUCCUGAAAACCUGUGUUUUGUGCCGCCACAGGCAGAGGGCGCCACAGCCUCUCAGGUGCCUCCAGUGUUUGUGUGUUAGCUUAUUCACGACUAUGAAUAAUAAUGAGAUAACAGUAAUAACAAUGCUGAUGUUAAUGAUGGUGUGCAUUUUUGAAGCUGUAAUACUGACUGAGGUUUAAUAAGAUACUUACACAGUGUAUUUGUAGCAGUUUUCCCCUUAAUAAAAACACAGAUGCACCCAUCUUUAA